AUGUCAACAAACGCGGAAAAUAAGAAUGGUAUUGUAAACCACAACUACUCCAAGAGAACUGAACCUGUGGGCGGAUUCAAAUCAAUGGAGGCAUUCUACCCAUUUUAUCUGGGUGAACAUUGCAACAAGGCAAACAGACGAUUACACAUUGUUGGUACAACUAUUACAUUUCUACUCACUCUUUUGGCUAUUAGGCGUCGCCAGCCUAAAUUACUGCUGAUUGGCAUCAUUCAAGGCUAUGCAUGGGCUUGGGUUGGUCAUUUCAUGUUUGAGAAAAACAAACCUGCUACUUUCAGAUAUCCUAUUUGGUCAUUCCGUGGCGACAUGAGAAUGUGGCGAGAGAUCAUGACAGGCAAACGUGCUUUUUAA